GUGAAAAGGCACUUUCAGUUUUUCUUUCGAGGGGGAAGAAGCGCUGUGUAAAGAAGACAUCUCUCCGUUAGCAGAAAAGAAAUGAAGCGCAGAAAUAAUCGCAAUGUCACAGAGACUUACUUUGAGGGAGUGCAUUUGAGUCUCUCAGACUUGAAAAAGGAGUCUGUAGAGAACGGGUACCUGCGUAAGCACAACAUUCCUGCCUAUCCUAAAUCUGUGAAGUUUCAUGUUGAUAAAGUGUCUCAUGUCACAGGAGAACGUGGUGUUCGGGGGAUUUUUACAGAUUCAGGGUUCAGACAGCCAUCAGAGCUGGUGGAUAAUGACCAGCACAAUUUUCUCUGGUGGGAUCUAUCCGUCACAUCUGAUGAAAUAUCCUCAGCUGAAGAGGCUUUUCUCAUGUCCUUAUUCCCUCGUCGAAGUGCUGCUCAGAUUCGCAACCAAUCACCCUUCUUAAAGCAAUUCACCAGCUCAAAGGCCUUCCAGAAGGAUUCUUCCUAUGGAAACUUCCGCUUCACCUUUUCAUUGAAGGAGCUUCUCUGGCACUACGGAGAUCAGUUCUGUGGUGGCCACAGUCCAGUUCUGCGCGUUUAUGAGACGGCACUCUACCGGCGAGAGAUUGUCUAUAAGAUUGUAGUACACCCUCGUGACAAAAAUCAUCUUUAUGAGAGUUAUCGUCGACUUCCUGAUCAGGGGGAUGAUGUGUGUGGGUACUACGAUGGAGCCAUGUGGUGGCGCUGUCAGGCCCCUUCUGAAACCUACAAGCUCAAGCUUGAUGUGUACAGGUUUGAAAAAAAUGUUGACGUGAGCUUUCAUUACAAAGAAGAAUACUACGUGUGGGAUCAUGUGUGUGUAGCUUUCCACAUGGAGCCAGAAUGGGUGUUGCACGUGAACCGGGACAGACUGUUAAAAAGGGUGACUGCUUGUGAAGUGAUUCCACCUUGUCUUCUGAGACCUCCGGAGACUCCACUGAGUUUUAACGAGGCCCAGCAUGUAUUAGCUGAUCUUUAAGCUGUAGGGCUAGCCUAAGACUUGAAGCUAAACACAAUGUAGUCCAAUCAAAUGCUUUAUAAAAUACAGUAGCAUAUAAUCAUGUAAUUACUGUUAGUUUUGAUUAAAAUGCCUUUUUUUUUAGUUAUAAGAGAUUAUUGUUAACCCAAUAUGCAUUAUUCACUGUUAUUCACUGUUGUAAAUAUAAAACACUUGAACUUAAAAGUGACAGUGAACUGGAAUUUUUUAGAUCUGCUGGAAAUUUUUCCUCAAACAUUUUCUUGUUUAUAUUUUUUUACUCUUGUUUUUUAGGAUUUGAGAAAUAAUCUGAAAACAUGUAUGCAGAAACCCAAAUAAUGGCUUAUGAAUGAAAAUAGUGCGCCUCGACCCAACUUCCACUCUUAACUGUGUGUUGAUGCUCAUUUUGCCAAAAAGGCUCUCACUGCACUUAUUGUGACGAUCACAUAUUGAGCAAAUGGUUACCAACUGUAGAAUGGGGAUGGAUGUGGGACACAGAGAACCAUCCCAGACUAGUAUGGGGUGUCGAAAUUUAGUUAACACAUAGAUCACAGCUGUGACGACAGCUAAGAAGGAUCUUCAUUUACAUUUAAAUGCAGUAAACUAACUGUAUAAAACGACAUGAAAUGAGUAUAAGAAUGUUCAGGGUUCAUUCUGACUUUGCUGAAUGGGCACUGCCAUGUACUUUGAUACUGCUAUGCUGAAUAAACAUCUUCAAUUGA